AUGGCACAGUAUUUUCUUCAAUGGGUCCUGUUCAUCGAUGUUGUUUAUUCACAAUACCAAUCGCAUAUUUACAGAGCCGAUUUCGGUACUUCAUUUAUACCUGCUGAUCCAAUCGAGUUAAUAAGUACAAUCUGGGUAUCAUCAGAAAUUAGUUGUACAGAAACUUGUAAUAUAAAUUUAUUGUGUCGAACGUACGAUUAUGAUACAUUAUCUAAACGAUGUCGACUAUUUGAAGGUGAAAUAACAACUGGUCACGUGAAUAGAUCAGCAGCUAUCCCAUCAACAUCAAGAGUUAGUAGUAUUGCAUAUACAGAGCAACUUUAUUUAGUCUAUAACCAAACAUGUGAUAAAUGUCAAAUAAAUCGAUAUUUACUAUGUAUUAAUGAUAUUUGUCAAUGUACCCCACAUACAUAUUGGAAUGGGUAUAUGUGUUUAAAUCAGAGAUACAACGGUUCAAUAUGUCAAAAUGAUCAAUGGUGUAGAAAUGAUAAAAAUUUAAUAUGUUCUUCAUCUAAUUUUUGUGGUGUUGGUACAAAUAUUACGAGCACGAGUCUCAUGUUGGCUACAACAGCUUAUGGUGUAAAUAUCGUUGUUAAUGGUGAUGGAGAAACUGGUCCUUGUGAAACAAGCGGUGUAAUUACGCCACCCACAGGUUGGACACCUAAUGGUUCGAUAACGCAAGUUUCAUACUGGGAAGGAGGAGGAACUGCAGAUCAAGGGUUUUCAUCACCAGGACCAAUGUAA